AGGCUGACGUUGGCUCUCAUGGAGUCACUUCAAGUCAUUCAGGACUUGGCCCCGCUGAAGCACCUCCUGGGCUUCGUGAUUUUCAGCAUCUGUCCAGCUUGUUGCAACGGCUUCCUGGGUGCCUGCGAUACGAGCGACUGGUUUUGCACUGGGAACCCAGAACUCGGCACCUCUGCUUCAUCUUGUCUUGGAACUGAUGCCCCUCGACCUACUGCGGAAUCUCAAGCGGUUUUCCAGCAAUUCGCGGUCAGCAUGUGUAUCCGCACGGGCUUCGACAUCGCGCGAGUUGUGGACUUGCUCUCGAAGCCUCAGAUCGACGUUUGUGGUGGGGUUCCCUUCCGACGCUGCGAGCAUCCACCCAACAGCGGCGCGUUCGGCAUCUGCAUGAACAACCGCCUCCAAGUGUUAACGUGCGUGGUUAAUGACGACUACGUGCGACUGCGGCAGGUUGAAAUCGAGAGGAAGUUGGGUCCGGCCUGUGACGCCGUCAAAGAAGCGUGGCUCGGGUGCAGCAGUUAACUUGCUGCUUACUCGUCAUGGAGCUGAAAUACUUCCGGUGUUGACAAGACCCCUCCAAGUUAGGUGCAUAAGAUGAAACGGAGGGCCAUUUUAGGUCAAGUUUACGCGGUUUGCGCAGUGCAGUUUUGGCAAUCUGCAAACCAUAUUUUUGGCUGGUCGAUUUGGAGGCGAA